AUGUUGACUCACUCGCACUCACUCCUGGUGUCUGGGCCUAGUGUUCUUGGAACCCACCUCCUUAAGUUUGCCAACCAACUCACCACGAACGAAAUUGAGUUAAUCCAAGGCCUUGGCCGUUACAACUUGCCAUCUGGUAAAGUGCGCGAAAUCGCUGAGCACCAGAAUCCUGGCAGAAUGUACAGCGACAACCUCUUGUACCGCCUCAUGGACAGGGGGCGGCGACUCUUCCUCGGCAGCGACCGGGAUAGCAUGUCGAAGUUUUUCGACCUCUGCUAUAAUGUGCGUGCAAGUGGCGGUUCAUUCGAGUAUGAUUUGGACACGUCAAUGACUCUCAAGAGCAUCAUCCUCCAGUCAGUCGCAAUGGCCACGUAUUCCAAGGCGUACCCGGAUUUCAUCCUGUGCGAUGGAACACACAAUGUGUCUAAGUACACACUCAAGCUAAUGCCGUUCACUGUCGUCGAUUCGCUUGGCCGCAACACGAUAUGCGGAAUUGCGCUUGAUCAGUCUGAAAAUACAGAGAUUGUGAAGCAAAGCCUUCGCGUAUUUGGACUGAAUAUCCCCGGGGCAACAUUUAUGACGGACGGGGGAAGUGCGUAUCCCAAUGUGGCCAUUGAGUGCAACAUGAUCCACGUGCUCUGCACGAAACACUUUGAAAAGGAAAUUGUGGCCAACUGCUCCGGACUUGGCCCCUUGGCGGCGGACUAUAGGCGAGAGUGCUUCGCAUUGAUAUACGACAAUAUGACACCAGAUGACUGCGACCGGCGUCUCUCCCUCGCGUUGGCCACGUUUGCCCAGUCGGACAGGGCUUGCAAAAGUCACAAGAAGCAGGAACUUCGAAAAUUCAAUUUAUUUCAAUUGUUCGAACACCUCGUCCAGCUGUUCACACGGCAGCAGACCAAGGCGCUGGACGAGUUGGUUGCUACCAUCAUGACCAAGGCUGAGUGGUCAUCGUACGUCGAAAAGCGGUGGCGCGCUAGUUAUAGCAUCAUGCAUGAAUGGUCAUUCGUUCACUGUGACGGUGACAUGUGGUACGUGUCGGACGUUCCAUUGGUCGACGUCACCGAGGCUCGCCACCACAUUGAAUUGAACUCCGCCGAAGCGUUUCCUACCUGCAACUGCUACGAUUUUCUAUCGUCGAUGAUUCCAUGUGUCGGCAUUUGCCAGCAACUAAAUGUGACCGAUCCCCAUGGCGUUGACGAUGCGUAUCAGCUGAGUCCACCAAGUGCUGCCUCAUCCAAUCACAGCGUGUCAUUAGACGUGUACAAGAAAGUGCACGUCCCCACCAGUGGCGCCAUGCGAAUUACCAAGUUCCGAAACGCGUGCAGCAGGAUUGAACAGCAAGUUGCAAACAACUCGCAUCUGUAUCGACUUUUUAUGGCGAACCUCGCAGCGUUUGAGAAUGGCAUCGGCGAUGAAACUGUGCGCGGGUCGUUGGAGCCAUUUCAUCUGCCUCAAGAUGCGGCAUUGAUUCCAACUCUCCGCCCCGAGGCUAUCGUUGGAAAUGCUACGGGUGUUGUCCGUCCGCCCGUUACGUCCUCGUCGAAAAAGCGAAAAUUCGACAACGUCCAAGCUGUCGAAUUGUCUUCUUCAAUCCAGAACCGCAGUACCAAGCAAAAAUGA